AGAUGGAGCGUGGUAGACAUUCUGUAGAUGUGGGUAAUCUCCAACGCAACCGCAAGAGGGAGAUUGCAUCGACUUGAUCUACUUCACGCAAAGGCAAAGGUAUAGCGCGGGCCGAGACUUCUUUUCAAAGUCGAGAUGAUUUUGAAACGGAUUACCAACGGCGAGAUGAUAUGAUGAUGUCCGACGAGCAACUACAACACCUAUUGUCCCAAAAUGAUCCACGCUUUGCACAAGAACAACAAUUCCCGACAACCGUUGAUGAAGAGGAGCUCAAGGAUGACGAUGCGGAGGAGGACGCGGGGGGCGACGGGACUCACGGCACCCCGGAUGAUGAGCAAGAGUUGGAGGACGAGGGCCGUUCAACGACUACAACCCAAAUUGGUAAGAAAUCUAAAUCUCCUAUUAUUGAAAACAAUUAUACAAAAAAGAAAGACGAAAAUACCGAAAAAUGCUACGCAAGUUGCAAUCAUUGCAACAAAGAGUUUAGCUUGGGAACUUCUGGCGGAUACGGGAGUCUCAAAAGGCAUCUUAAGUCCGCCCACUUUGUGGAGUAUGCGAAAAUAGACAAAGGCAAGGGGAAGCAAACACAAAUAUCGAGGUUUUUUCAUCAACGUUGUGCAUGUCAUAUUCUAAAUUUGUGUGUACAAGAUGGCUUAGCGGCAUUAGGAAAUGCUUUCGAGAUAGUGAAGGGGAGAAUUAAAUUGAUUUGGGCUAAAGAGUUCGAUGAUAAUCCCAUCGACCCUAAACAAGAAUUCAACGAGGUUAGUAAUUUAUUUCAUCAAUUGUAUAAUGAAUUUCAUGCACAAUAUGGUAAUGCACCCCCUCCCAUGCAAUGAACAUCUUCUUCAUAUAAAGGAAAAUCACUUUUAAAAUCCGCUUUUGGUUCUCUUUUGAAAAGAAGUAGAGCAACUCCCGCUACUGAACAAAGCUCAGGUAACGAGCUUUCUUUGUAUCUAACAUUGAAUGUUGAUUAUGAAGUUGGUGAUGACUUUGACGUUCUUAAGUGGUGGAAGGAAAAUGAAAGAACGUUCCCGAUUUUAUCAAAGAUGGCUAAGCAAGUGCUAGCAAAGCUGAUAUCAACCGUUGCCGUGGAACAAGAAUUUAGUGUGGCCGGCAACGUCCUAACCGAUUAUAGAACGAGGUUGAGCCCGAGCUCUCUUGAGACACUAGUUUGCUUUCACGAUUGGUUGAAGGCCCAACGAAGAACUCAAGAAAUUACCAUCGCUCCCACCCGCCACUUUAUGGAGGAAACAACCGAAGGCGGAGAUUUCGAUUGAUUUUUUAUUACAAAAUGCAUUACAUUUUUUAAACUCAUCAUAAUUCUCAAUUGUACUUCUUAUUUGAAAUAAAUAUACUUGAAUUAGAAUAUAAUAUAUUGUAAUUGUAAUAAGAAUUAUUCUAAUAAUAUAAUAUAUAAUAAUAAAAAAAAUUAAAAGGCCCGGCCCGGCGGGCGGCCCGGCCCGUGAACCGGGCGGGUGACCCGAACCGAACCGGACCCGGGGUUAUCCGAGCCAGUUCCGGGCCUCCCAUCCAUGAACCGAGGCCCGGCCGGUUCAAGGCCCGAACCGGGCCCAGCCCGAACCGAGUCCACCACUAGUUUACCUUUCAUAAAUCGACCACCACCCUUCAAACCCUCGUCCGACAGAUCUACCACCAUUAUUAUUUAAUACAAGUAGGGAUGGACCCGGGCCGGGUCCGGGCGGGCUUUUUUUUCAAAUGGUUGGGCCCGUAACCGGCCCGGGCCGGGCCUGGGUCAAGUUAUUUAUUUUUUUUGCUUUCUAACUAACCCCCGACCCCCACCCCCCAAACCCUCCCAAAACACGUAGCCCUAACCAAGAAAAACAAAAAAAUUGAAAAAAAGCCCAGGGCCGGUUCAACAAAUACUGGGCUCGAGCCCGGCCCGCCCACCCCUCCCCAACCGGGUAAAAGCCCGGACCCGGUUAGCACCAACCGGGCUGGUCCGAACGCACACAAUGGUGGGCCGGGCCAGUUCCGGGCCCACACAGUGGCGGGCCGAGCCGGUUCCGGGCCCACACAGUGGCGGGCCGGGCCGAUUCCCGACCGGGCCGAACCGGUUGGGUCCAUCCCUAAAUACAAGUAUAAAUUAAUGCUCCGUACAAACUUGAGUAACUUAAUUUAGAGUGGAGUUAAUUUUUGUUUUUAUUAAAUAGGAAAAAAUGAAAAAUCUUAUUAAAAAGCAAAAUAAAGGAAAAAAAACUAAAAAAUAAAAAUAAAGAAAAUUCUCAAAGUCAAAAAAUAAAAAUGCCAAAAAAUGCAUAAUAAAAAUGAAAUUUGAAAACUUGUAAGUUAAACUAAAUAGCACUAAUUUUAAACAAUACACCAUAAAAUGAAAAAAAUGUAUAGACUAAAAAUAAAGCUUGAGAAUAACAAAAAUAUAAAAAGCUUUAGUUAAAAAUCCAGAAAAAUGGUAAAAAAUAAAAAUAUGAUUUUUGUAAUGUAAAUUUUAUAUUGUUAAUAUGAUUCAUAUAAAAAAAUUAUAAUAAUAAAAAAUAAAAACUUUAAUAAAAG